UUCUAUUAUAGAAGGGGAGAAAAAAAGGCAUUUAACAUCUUUUCCAAUCCACCCUGAGCUUCAUGUUCUCUAACUUUGUCACAAAUUCUUCUUUUUUCUUUCUUCGGACUUCUGACCUUUAAGAUUUGGCCAUAGAUUCAUCAGUAUCUGGAAGUAAAGCUCUAAAAGGAAGUUCUGGUGACCCAGUAGAAAAGUUAUCCCUAUGGUGGGUGGACUAAUACAUAUUGGAUUAGCUUCAUUGCCUAUUAAAUAUCUUCAGUCUUUCGAUGAAAGGAUCUGAACAUCACCUAUGCAAAUUAGGAAAUUAUUAUAAAUAAUGGUAUUACCGAUAUGCUCCUAUAAUUAGGCUUCUAUUCUAGUUUGUCAUUCCCAGAAAAUGGACAGUAAUCCUCCUUCGUUACAUGCAUGCAUCAUCAAUGAUCGAUUCCUCUAGAUUAAUGGCGGUAUGCGAAACAAUGGGUGGGUUAAUUCAUGUGCGAGAAACGAAAAUGUACAGAAAAAGAAAUCAUCACCCAGACCUGAUAUAUUAGCAGAUUCUCCAAGAGAGCAAUGCCCAUCAGAGAAACCAAGGAAGGACAUGAGGAAACUGCCGUCGAAUCCACAAGAAGUGGAGGACCUACGUCGUGAUUCAGCUGCCAAUCCUCUGAUAGCAUUCACCUUUGAGGAGCUGAAGAAAAUGACAAGCAACUUCAGGCAAGACAGGGUGCUCGGAGGAGGAGGGUUCGGGAAUGUCUAUAAAGGGUCUAUAACCGAGGAUCUAAGAGAUGGGAUGCAGCCAGUUGAAGUUGCUGUCAAGGUUCAUGAUGGUCACAAUAGCUACCAGGGUCACAGAGAAUGGCUGGCAGAGGUCAUCUUCCUGGGGCAGCUUUCGCAUCCGAAUCUGGUGAAGUUGAUUGGCUACUGCUGCGAGGAUGAGCACCGGGUCCUGAUAUAUGAGUAUAUGGCUCGGGGUAGUGUGGAGAACAAUCUAUUUUCGAGAGUAUUACUUCCACUUUCUUGGAAGAUCAGAAUGAAGAUUGCGUUUGGUGCAGCGAAAGGACUUGCAUUUCUGCAUGAAGCUGAAAAACCUGUCAUUUACCGCGACUUUAAGACCUCUAACAUAUUACUAGACGGGGUUAGUUCAUUAAGUGAACCUCAAAAUUAUAAGCAUGAAUACAAUGCCAAACUCUCGGACUUCGGCCUAGCAAAGGAUGGCCCUAUGGGAGACAAAACUCAUGUUUCCACCCGCAUCAUGGGAACUUAUGGAUAUGCAGCACCAGAAUAUAUAAUGACUGGCCAUCUGACACCUAGAAGUGAUGUGUACAGCUUUGGUGUUGUUCUUCUCGAACUGCUGACGGGAAGAAAAUCUCUCGACAAAUCUCGUCCGACAAGAGAACAAAACCUGGCAGAUUGGGGGCUCCCACUUCUGAAAGAGAAGAAGAAAUUGCUCAACAUUGUUGAUCCAAGAUUAGAAGGAGAUUAUCCUGUUAAAGCUGUUCACAAAGCAGCAAUGCUAGCAUAUCAUUGCUUGAAUAAAAAUCCCAAAGCAAGACCUUUGAUGCGAGAUAUAGUUGACUCCUUGGAGCCUUUGCAAGUAGCUGAAGUGCUUCCACACGAAAAAGGCAUGGUCACUGUCAUAAAUGUGAUACCUGAGGGUGCUAAGGCUAAAAGAAACGAGAAUGCAACAUAACUGACUUUGGAUUCAUACUUUGCUUCUGCCAAGCAACCUUCUCUAUUUCGAGUCUUAAAGAGUUUCUUUUCCCCUCAGUAGAUGGCGCUACUCCUUUAUGUUCCUAUUUUUGUAUGGUUUAUUAUAUUUCUGGAGCCCAAUGAUCAAAUGUUAUGGUAAAUAUUAGCAGCUAGAUUAUAUGUAGAAGCAAUACGAAGCACAGGGGUUAUAUAUUAGCAAGUAUCUGGCUUGUUGAUAGUUAGAACAUGACAAUACGGGGGAAAAUAAAUGACAAUCCAAGAAGACAAGAAGUUACCAAGCAAAUGAACAGUUAGACAGAAUAGUACACGGAUUUCAGGUACAAAACCUCCUUCUGCGGGACGUUAUCAGCAAUAGCACUCUUUCUGCAUUGAUGCAGUGACAGGAGUUCGAUUUUUCCCCUUCCAAUCUUGCUGGCGAAACGAAAGCUCCAGCAAAUUGAAUACUGGGCAUCAUUUUGGGACAUACCAACAGCUAAUGCAGAAGCAUCACAAUGCUUUACAUUCCAACUCCUUUACUUCUCUGCGAAGAAAGGUCUUAGAUGUAUUUCAAUUGAGAAGGGCCGGCUAAUGCCAAUGAUCACAUCCUAAUCACAGGAAUGUACUAUGGAAAACGGCGAUCUUCAAGGAUAAUCCUCUCCUGUACAAUCAUAGAUGACUUCAGCAAGAUAUCAUUCCUAAAAAGAAUCAAGCUUUGGAAUGUAACCUUCCUUCCUCAUCUGCUCAUUGAGCAGUUGGUACAUAUAUAUUGAUUGAGCAGGUAAACCAUCACCAGCAUGAAAUUCAUGGACGCUAGAUUCGAUCUCGAUCCAGCUGCAACCUGGAGUCUUACUAACACCCCUUUCUCUCAUCAAGACUCUCACCUUUGCUGACUCAUCCCACUUUCUCAUAUUGGCAUAUAUCUUAGAUGAUAUGACAUAGUUUCCUGAAUUUGAUGGCUCCACCUCUAGAAGAAGUUUAAUCACCCGGUCGCUGAUAUCUAUGUUUUUCUUCUUCUGACAAGCAGCAAGCAAUGCUCCAAGCACAAUUUCAUCGGGCUUUCCAGGCAUCUUCUCUAUAAUUUCCCAAGCUUCAUGCAGAUGACCAGCACGAGCCAAAAGAUCAACCAUACAAGAAAAGUGCUCAAUUGUUGGGACAACCCCAAACGAUGGAUUCAUCACCUCAAAAAACUGAUGCCCCUCGUUGACCAAUCCACCGUGCACACAAGCAGAAAGUACUGCCACAAAUGUGAUCUCAUCCGGUCGGGGAGCACCAUUAUCCCUUGUCAUGCGCCAAAACAAAGACAAGGCCUCUUGGGGCCGGCCAUGGAAAGCAAGGGCAGAAAUCAUGGAAUUCCAGGACACCUCAUUUCUGUAAGGCAUGCUUUCAAAGACCCUUAUUGAAUCGUCCAAGUUACCACACUUUGCAUACAUAUCAAUCAGUGCACUUGCAACAUAGAUAUCAUGAUGCAAGUUUCUUUCUGAGGCGUAAGUCUCAAUCCAUUUUCCUAAGUCAAGUGCUCCUAUAGAAGCACAUGCGGAAAGAACCCCAACCAUUGUGAUUUUGUUUGGACUGAUACCUGCAUCUCUCAUUGCAUCAAACAGUAUGAUUGUCUCAUCCGAUUCUCCAUUCUGUGCAUAGCAAGUGAUCAUAGCAUUCCAAGCAACAACAUCUUUCUUCGUCAUUGCAUCAAAGACCCUCCGAGCAGCUAUCAAAUCCCCACAUUUUCCAUACAUGCUAAUUAAAGCAGAGCCAAUAUAGGAGUUAAACUUCAUCUUCCUAUCACGAACAAAAACCUCCACCGACCUCCCCAAAUCCAGAUUCCCAGAGUCCCCACAAGCCCCAAGAACGCUAACCAACGUCAUCUCAUUUGGGUCAAUCCCCUGAUCUUGCAUAUCCAUAAACAACCUCACCGCCUGCCUGCUAAAGCCCAUCUGCGAAUACCCAGAGAUCAUGGAAUUCCACGACACUAAAUCUCUCACAGGAAUUUCGUCGAACACUUUCCGGGACCAACCCAAUUGACCACACUUUGCAUACAUAGUAACCAAAGAGUGAGCGACAUGGUCAUCCCCGUCCAGACCAGUCUUGAAAACCAUAGAGUGGGCGGAUCGCCCACAAUCCAGAGCUAGAAGAUUGGCACAGGCGAUGAAGAAGAACGGGUAGGUGAAAUUAUCGGGGAGAAGGCCGGAAAUCUUCAUCUGGUAAUAGAAAUGCAGCGCCAAAGAGUAGUUGUGCCAGGUAGUGGUAAGGCCGCGGAUCAUAACGUUGAAGGCGUAGUCGUUGGGUUUUGGAAGAUGGGUGAAGAAGAGGAGAGCAUAGUGGAAGUCCUUGAGGAGAAUGAUUUUCGGGAGGAAGAAAUUGGGGUGAUGAACAGAGUUUAGAAGCAUUUGAGCG